AUGACCCAAAAUCUAGGACAAUGCCCCCUGACAGCCCUUCCCAACGAGACUCUCCUCGGGAUCGCCGAUCUCCUGGCCCCACGAGACGUGGGCUCGUUACUACGCACGGCGCGCCGACUGGCCACUCUCCUAGAUGCUCCUCUUUAUCGCCGUGCACGCAGCUAUGUCUGUGUAGAUGGAAACGUGGUCCUCGGGUGGGCCGCGAAAAGGGGUCAGGCCCCCGUCAUCCGCAAGCUCCUCCACCCCGACGCGGCCCCCAUCCCACAGGAUCACAGGAACAAAGCGCUGUGUCUCGCCGCUGAAGCUGGUCGGGAUGGCCUAAUUGGACUGCUGGUGUCUGGAGGGGCGGAUCUGUCUGCGGCUGUUGAUCUGGAAAAUCUACCAGUGGUCAAUCAGGACGAUUCCUUGGCGAAGGACGAUCCGGAACAUUCCACAGAGGGUCAGGAGGCUUCGCCAGGUCCAGACAAUUUGGAGCAUCCUUCAGUUAAGGCUGAGGCUGACGACAAAGACCCACCGGCUCAGGUUGGUUUGGAAGAUGCGGAUGACCUGGAAAACUCUCCGGUCAGCGACCAUGUCGGAGACUUUUCAGACGGAUACGAAGAACCACCAGCGAUCGAUCCGAGAUGGGAAUCCACAUGCACACCCUUACAGGCUGCAGCAGAAAAUGGCCAUGCGAAAGUCGUCCAGCUACUCCUCGACCUAGGCGCAGACAUCGCAGCCACAAAUUCCAAGCAAGAGACGGCACUGCACGUUGCAGCACGCAAGGGCCAGGAAAAAACAUCCAAACUACUGCUGGAGCGCGGAGCCGACGUAACAGCAGUGGCACUCGGAAUCGAGACGCCCCUCCAUUGCGCAGUUUCUUCGCAAAAUGAAGUGAUGGUCCGGCUACUCCUUGACCACGGCGCGGAUCCAGAGGCAAGGUCCGAGCAUGGACAGACCGUGAUGUAUUAUGCCCUUGACCCCGGCUAUGAGCCCAUUCUCCGUCUUCUCCUGAAAAGGGGUGCUAAGGUUACCGUGUCGGAUACUACUUAUGGCUUCACGCCCCUGCACUUUGCCGUCAAUGGCAGCGAGCUUGCUGUCCGCUUACUUCUAGAGCACGGCGCGGAUGUGCUCGCACGUUGUCACUCCAGGUUUACUCCUCUGUUUAUUGCCGCCCAGGAUGCGGAAGAGCCGAUUAUCAGGCUGCUUCUGGAAAAUGCAGUGCUAGGUUCGGCGGGUGUACAGGAGGGUCAAAUACCGGAAUACAUCACUGAGAUCAAGGGCUUCGAAGAAGCCGAAAGGCUUCUUCAAGAGAUAACUGGGGUAUGA